AGCAGGCUAUGGCGAGGAGAGGCCUGAGCUUGCUGCGAGGGGGAUUCGCCGCGUUGGGUCCCAAUCGUCAUCGCUUCUGCUUCGACUCCGCUGCACUUGCGUCGCAGACCUUCUCGGGCACUCGCUCGACGUGCGAUUUGGCUCUGUUUCGCGGGACUUUGGCUUUGACACAAGCUAAGAGGGCGAUGGGGGAAGCGGUGGCCCACAACCAGCUCAAGCCUUUGCGUAUUCUCUUCUGCGGGGAUGAAUUCCCUGCUGCGGAGUUUUACACUCGGAAGAAUUUGCAACAAUACCCACAUCUUCAUUUGGAUUCUUGUCCCAGGACGUUAGUGGCUGAUCGGAUAGGAGAUUAUGACAUCUGCGUACCUCGAAUGAUGCGUCUGGAUGCCGAAGUGAUUGCCCGCGCCAAGCAGUUGCAACUCAUUGUGCAGUUUGGUGUUGGGCUCGAAGGGGUGGAUAUCGAAGCUGCGACAAGAGCGGGUAUUAAGGUGGCUAGAAUUCCAAGUGUGAAUACUGGAAAUGCAUUAGCUUGCGCCGAACAUUGUAUUUACAUGAUGCUAGGCCUCUUGCGGCACCAGAGAGUCAUGGCGUCCUCUAUUGCUGCAAAACGGUUAGGCGAACCUGCCGGCAGCACCUUGUACGGAAAAACUAUAUUUAUACUCGGAUACGGUCAUAUUGGAAAAGAGUUGGCACUACGCUUGAGAUAUUUUGGUGUACAUUUACUUGCUGUCCGACGAUCUUGGACUAGUUUAAGAGGUUCGCAGAAUGGAGCUCUUCCCAAUACAUCUGACGAUGAGGAUUUCGUAAAUGAAAAAGGUGGUUCAGAGCGCAUUCUCGAAUUUGCCAGCCGUGCUGACAUUGUUGUUACGUGUUGUACACUUAACCCUUCAACUAAAGGGAUAAUUGAUGCAACGUUUCUUUCAGCGAUGAAGAAGGGAGCUUACGUAGUAAACAUCGCACGAGGAGGCUUGCUUGAUUACGAUGCUGUCUUGGCUGGUAUCGAAUCCGGGCAUCUGGGUGGACUAGCCAUUGAUGUUGCGUGGACAGAACCUUUUGAUCCCACUGAUCCAAUCUUACAACAUCCUAAUGUUUUGAUCACCCCUCAUGUGGGUGGCGUUACUGAUUUGUCUUAUCAGGCCAUGGGAAAGAUUAUCGCGGAGACUGCACAUCAGCUUUCUGUUGGAAUGCCCACGACUGGGAUUGAAGUUGUGAAUUAGUGGUAUUAAAACUACAUCUAUGGACCUGCAAAUGUGAGUGAACAUAUUUGUUGAAAAGUUUCUGGUAUAAGUGACUUUGGAAGCGUGCGGGUGAGUUAGCAUCCCUACUCCCCCUGAGUAGAUUUGGACUUCUUCUGAAAAGAUAAUUGUUGCUGAGGUUGGCUAUCCUUCUCUCUAACUUACAUGUGUUUCUUUUUUCCCCAUUCUUCCUAUUUCAUACCUCCUCUCAUUUCUGCCAUUCUCUAGCUUUUAAGUUUAACUCUCAAAGUCUCUUCUGCUCCUUUUGCCUCUCAAGGUUGCUGCCUACUGCUCUGGAACGUGAUGGCAUCUUUAAGGAAAUUUCUGUGUUGUA